AUGGCGGCGGGGAGGAUAGCAGGAAGGGGACUGGGCGCCAUACUGCUGCUGCUGCAAGGAGCGUCCCUUGCAUGGCUUCCUCCUCGCCAUCACUUUACUCCUCCUCGUUUCAGCUUGUCCAAGACUUGCCCACAGCAGAGAGGAGCUUGUUUCGGGAGCAUACUGAGCAGAAGGCGGGUUGUGUUGGACGUGAUGAGUGAGGGGAACAAGCAGGUUGUUGGUGGCAAGAUCUCCACGGGGGAUCGAGUCAGCCCGCAGGAGCAGCAGGAAGAGCACGACAGAAUGCCUCCAAGACUGAAGGAGUAUGAUGACCUCAAGGAUCUUUUGGCAGUGCUUCAGGAGUUCUACGACAGUGUGGAUGUGAACGGAAGAGAAGCUGCAACUGCGAUGAAUCAUCUCAAACGCCUGCAGGGGCAAGCUAAGACAGAAAGUCAGAGUGAUGCCGUCGAGAGCAUCAUGAAGAAGUUCAGCAUGAUUGCGCUGAAGGAGGUGGAGACGCUAGAUGCGAAGUCAGCGGCACUCGCCAUCAAUGCUCUUGGGCAGGGGAGGGGAAAGAAGCGAGUCUCCUUGCUCCUCGACUUUGUACGUCCUCUGCUCUCUCGCCUUCACGGCAACCCAGACGGCUUCUCUUCCAGAGCUCUCGCGAUGGUGAUGAAUGCAUUCGCUCGAAAUAAGAUAUUUCCCGGGAACACGAGACUGCAGCACGCAGACAAGGAUGUCAGCCUAUCGAAGGACGUUGCAGAUCUGUAUCAGACGUCUUCGCGCCUGAUGCAAGAGAAGUUUCAUGCAGACGCGGACACUUUCAGUUGGUCCAUGCUUCUCAACGCAUACGCUUGUGCGAACCUGUUCGACUCUCAGCUCCUUCAACUUGCAAGCAACGAGCUGGUCAUGAAGAAAGACGCUCCUUCUCCUCAAGAUCUCGCGAACAUUGUGAAUGCCUAUCAUCGCUUCGGAGUUGAUGACGGAGCCAUAUAUGACUGGUCAAGGUCGCAGAUUCUUGCAAUCUCUCCCAAGAGAUUCAGCAUUCAGGAAAUCACUUCUAUCUGGACUGCGUACUCCUUCCAGCUAGAAAAGAUGCAGGUUGGCAGCAGGCUUGGAAACAACGAAGUUGCGCAGAAAGUUCAAUUGGUCUGCACGCACAUGGCUGAAGCUGCUAUGUUGCUGCCCGCGAACAGGUGGACCAAACAGGGAGCAAGUUUGAUCAUGAAUGCCCUCUCAAGAGAGUGGAUUGGAAACGAGAAGUUGAAGCUGCAGAUCUUGUCGAAGACAUCAGAGAUUCUCUGCAACGAAGAUGGGUUUUGGAAUCUGAAAGCGCAAGACGUUGGAUUGAUCCUGAAUGGGCUCGCAAGGCUCAAUCACACAGACAGCACCCUCGUCUCCAGGUUGGAGAAAGCUGCUGUGGGUUUGAAGCAAGGAGAUUGGAGCGCCAUGGACAUUGUGAAUGUUGUUGACGCUUUAGAUCGGCUCAAGUUGCACAAUAAUACGGACUUGGUCAAAUACAUGGAGAAAGCAGUGCUGCAGAGUCCGAUGGGGUUCUUUAGCGCAAGGAGUUUGUGUUCCCUGAUUUACGCAUCCUCAGGGAAAUUGCAAUGGUCCAGCAUCGGGCUGUUUGCUCUCGGGCUGACAAGAGGGGAGUGGAAGACUUCCUCCCACUCGGUCUUGUAUCAGAGGCUGCUGGAGAUUGUGCAGAACACGAGCUUCAAGCAUGUUGAUUGGCAGACUUUAGUCAGGUUGGUUGAUGUGGAGAGGAAGCACAGACACAACACAGUCAUGAACUCAAAGAAGGAAGACAUCGAGCAUCUCGUCAUGUCUGCUCUCCGAGGCUUUGAGGGCGCUGGCAUGUUGUCCUCCGUGUCCGACAUCCUCUGCCGAGAGGAACGAAUAGCAGGAGAAGCAGAGCCGCUCAUGCUUGGGAAGCUCGCUUUUGCCAUCUCAACGGCGCCUGAAGGAGUUUUCAGCUCCUACCAGGUCGAGGAGGUGCUGGUGAUCCUUCGAAAGUUCAUCCUGGCGCUUCCGGUGAACAAGUUUGGAGGAGAAGCGAUUUCCCUCAUUCUGCGCGCGUUUCAACGUGCUGGAUGCCUGGAUCUUGCUCUCUUCCGCAGGAUGAGCUGGGCGUUCCGGCAGACAGAGCACGUUUCUAUCAGAGAGGCCGUAGUCAUGGCGCGAGCUCUAUCAGAGGUCAAACAGAGGGAUUCAGAGCUUAGUAUUUUCCUCUCUCGCUUCAUCCGAGCUCAAGACUCUUCUGCCUUCACCACUGACGAGCUUGCGAUCCUGGUCUCCUCCUUCUCUCGCAAGAGUGUCCUCGAUGGCUCCCUCUACCGCUUCUUCGCAGGCUGUAUCUUGCAGCAUUCUCUGUCUGAUUUCUCUGCCCAAAACGUCGCAACAAUCUUGCAUGGUUACUCCAAGGCGGGGAUUUGGCAGGAGGAGGAAGCAGGGCUGAUCUCCGAGGCAUUCUCUCACGCUGAGACGAGAAAGCGAGGACGAGGAGACCGUCGGUUGAGAGACGGAGCCAUCUUUCGGCAUAUCUCACAGAGCCUUGUCCUCAAUCCACGUUCUUCGGAGAGCCGGAAUUGUGCAGACAUCAUGAACGCGUACGUGCGAGCCGGGGUAUGGGACGAGGACCUCUUUGCACGACUAUCGCAGGUUGUUAUGUCCCUUCGAGCAAGAGACAUUCCAGUCAGCGACAUCGCUGUGAUUGUUAAUGCCUUCAGCAAGGCAACAACAAGGAGUGGAAGUCGUCUCAAUGUUAACGAGCUCUUCCUCCACAUGGCUCGCAUCGUUCGUCAGAAGUCGGCAACGGAGUUCAGAGCACGAGACGUCGCAGAGAUUGUCAAUGCGUUGUCACGGGCCAACACAUGGGACAGUGGACUUUUUCGGCACAUGUCGACAGUCCUCCGUCAGAUGUCUCCUGUCGAAGUUUCUGUGCGCGACGCUGCUCGCAUCGUGUGCGCCUUCUCGCUGGCAUGGCAACGUGAAGAUCCUCGUCUCAGAGAUGGAAGCAUAUUCCGAUACAUCUCCGCUUGUGUCUUGAAAGCUCUGUCCAUGGAUGAGAACAUCUCUGCUGCUCCUGGUGACAUCGCAGCUCUUGCCCAUGCCUACACACGAGCGGGUGUUUGGGAUGAGAGGCUCUUUCGCACGCUAGCAGGAUCAGUGAAGAAGAUCGAUCCAGCGCUCUUCAACGUCAAGGACCUGGCAGAGGUUGUCUCGUCGUUCUCAGCGAUAGAAACGCGGACAGGGUCUACUCUUCGAGACGGAGCGUUGUUCAUGAGGAUGGGCAGUAUCGCUAAGUCCCUCUCGUUCCGCGACCUUGUCAAAGAGCCUCGAGCCGUUGCAAAUCUUGUCAACGCGUUCGCAAAAGCGGGAAUUUGGGAUGAGGAUCUUUUCCGCCUUUGCUCCAGAGUGGUUCGCAGCGCAGAUCCAAAGGGCAUGCACGUCAACGACUGCGCUGCCAUUGUCAGCAGCUUUGCCAAGGCGCAGGCGCGAGAAGGAGCGACGCUGAGAGAUGGGGCGCUGUUUCGCAGGAUGUCGCUGAUCGUUCAGGUGAGGAGAGAGAAAUCGGCGGUGAAUGCCUCGAGCGCAGAUUCGUUCAGUCCUCGAUCGAUGGCCAACAUUCUGUCUGCCUUUGCAAGAGCAGGAAUCUUCGAUCAAAAGCUGUUCAUGCGUGUCGCCAAACUUGCAUGCGGCAUUUCAACUCCCUCCUUCUCCCGCGACCCUCUCGAUGCGUUCAAGACCCAGGAGAUGACUAGUCUGGCUUGGGCUCUCGCAAAAUCCGCUGACUCUCGUCAAGGCUUCGAGGACUCCAACCUUCCUGUAGUGCAGCAGUAUGAGCGAGAACGACGAGGAGCUGCGGACCUGUCGAUCCGAACGUUCUUCGACAUCCUUUCACAGCAUCUGCGAGUGAGAAAGAGGAGGAGGUGGAGGAGGAGGUGGGAAUCCUCUUGGUUGUUUCGGAUGGCGGAGAGUGAGAUAUCAAGGAGGAGUCAAUCAGAAUCUUUCAAAUUCAACCCACAAGACAUGUCCAACAUCGCAUUUGCCUUCUCCAAGUCUCGUUACAGGAGCCACCAAGUUUUUGACAUUCUUGCCGGAGAAAUACUCGACAAGUCACAGGCUCAAAGAUAUGACUUCUCUGCUUUUGCUUCUCGACAACUUGCGAUGUUGAUUGUUGCAUAUGCAAAGGCUGGAUAUAAAGAUUCGAACUUCUUUCAAGAUUUGCAGAAAGAAGUGAUGAGUCGACAAGUAAUCAUGAGUGCCACUGUGCAAGACGUCGUCAACAUUGCAUGGGCUGCUGCCAUGGCAGAAGAGACAUGCUCGAGUUUGUCAUUCAACGGACAGAAAGCCGUCUGGAACUACUUCCGAUUCCUCUCCUUGUACAGUUGGGUCACAUCCUACUUGCUUGUAGCGACCUGA